AUGACGACGUUUAUAAACAAAGCGAAACCUUUUUUCGUGGACCAAAUCGGAGACACCUUACAAGGGGAUAUCGAUAUGAACAAUUUCAAAAUAACUAAUUUAAAGUUUUCAGGAAACGAUAACGAUGCCGUGAACAAGAAAUAUUUACUGGAUCAAAUUAAAAUAGAUAAGGACCAUGUUGAAAAUAGAAUAACUGACGUGAAAAGAUACCUCAGACGAAAUAUUAAAAAUCUUGUGGACGAACCCAAACUACAACAAGAGUUAACGAGUUUGAAACGUCUUAUUCAAGUGGAUAAAACAAGUCAGUUGCAAAAUUUAAUAUCUAAAUUAGACGAUAAGAUUACGAAGACAAGAGAGAAAGUUGACCAAAUUAGAAGCUAUUGUCACGGACAAAUCGUAUUAUUUCAUCUUCCAUUCGAAAGUGACACUGUCUUCGAUAGAAAAGACCAAAGUUAUAAAUCAAACAAAUACGGAUUCAAAGCAGAAAUAAAAGUGGGUUCUCUCGAAUACGGAGAACCUAAAAACGUAUUCGAUAUCGGCGAAACGGAAGCGUUUACUUUUCGAGGUAAUUGUCUGAUUCAAAUAGAGUUUCCCAUGAAGGUUAAAGUCAAUGAAGUAGUCUUCAAACAAACCGGUAAGGCCGUCAAACAUAUUUCAUUAUUCAAUGAUGGUAAUUUGGGAGAGAAUAUACGUUUGAUUGAUAAAAGGGAUCAGGAAAUUGAAACGAAAAAUGGUAAAUAUGUAGACACCUUUAAAAUGGAAGUAGAAAAUGAUAAGGAUAUCAAAGAUUUAGAUAUGAUAUUGGAGACGGAAAAUCCACCAUCAACCAACAUUGUCAAAAUUCCACGACGCUUACACGCACACGGAAAAAUAGAAUCGAGCAGUCACGAGUUUUUACGAACAACAGACUUUGGAUACGUAAAACUGUAUUUCGCUUUAGGUGAAAAAUACACCUCGAUCGAUGUUCAUAAAAGUCAACAAGAACGAGAGUUUAUAGUACAUUUAACGUUUGCCGAAGGUUCCGACUCCAUCCUUGUUGCUGGUGGUUAUAUUUUUAGAGCCAAGAUAAACAUCGAAAAAAAAAAUUAA